AUGUCAUUCAAUCCAACCUUUAGAAAUUGCAUCUUUAUUGCAUCGAGUGAUGAAGAGUUGGCAAAGACCAGAAGAAAACACGACCGUUUGAAUGACGCCAGAUUUUUUGAGGAAUUGAAUCAAACUCUGUUUGUUGCCUUUGAUUGGAAAUCUUCAUUUACCCUGAUGAUGGAGCAGUAUAAUCAAAACCCGAUAGAGUAUUUCGAACAACAGGCAUUAGCUAAUAUUGUCAAUGAAUCCACACAAAACGUAGCGUUGGAUGUGAAAAAUUGUAAAUUUUAUUGUGUGAUUAGAACUCCUUGGAAUUAUGUGAAACAUUAUGGAGAUUUCAUCAAGUGGUUACAAAUUAUGAAUCAAUUAGGAAAGGAGGAAAAAUUAAUGACUUUUAAUCAUCCAGAAUUAUUAACGUGGAAUUCUACCAAGAGAUAUCUCUUUGAAAUUCAAGACUCGUGGGAAAAUUACUCAAUUGUUCCAUCUGAGCUCGUUGAUAAGGGUAUUGCCGAGUCACUUUCCAAUGAAGAUAUUAUUGAAAAAUAUACAGCAAAAUUCAAUUGUGACAAGUUGGUUUUCAAACCAUUGAUUUCAGCUGGUUCUUACUUUACAUUUGUUGUCUCUAAACAAGAUGAGCAUGCAAAUGAUUAUGCCAAAGAAUCAUCCUCGAAAAUGGAUAAGCUUAAAGAAUUUUUCCAAUGUGAAAGGGAUCAAGAAUAUCUAGAUAGAAACAUUAUGAUGGUUCAACCAUUUAUGGAGGAAAUUGUAAAUGAUGGAGAGUAUAGUUUCCUUUUUAUCAACGAGAAACCAAGCCAUAUGCUUUGGAAGAGACCUAAAGCUGGUGAUUUUAGAGUACAAGGUGAUUAUGGAGGAUCGAAUACAUGCAUUCCAAAAGAAAGAUUCAACUCUACCAUUCUCGAAAAUGCACAGAAACUGUUCGACAAGGUUAAGAAGGAAAAAUCUCCAAAUCACUUGUUGUUAUACUGUCGAUUGGAUGUUAUCAUUGAUUGGCAAACAAACGAGUUAAAGAUUUGUGAAUUGGAAUUAUUAGAACCUCAUCUCUAUUUUGAAACCAUUAAUCCAAAUGAUAAAUCUGUCGAACUUGCCUGGGAAUGUAAACUCUACGAGAGUGUAGUUGCCCUUUCUCACAAUACUCUUUAA